GAAGUGCAAGGGGACACAGGCCCCAUCGAUUCAAUGCAACUGCAUACAUAAGCAUUUACUAAUAACAACGCUGAAAUUGGAUGUCAGUUUCAUGGGGGGCUACCGCUAACACAUAUGGAGUCUCAAGAAGAAAAGCCGAUCAUUUAUACCAUGGAAAACAAGCCGAUCGUGACAUGUGCCGGAGACCAGGGCUUGUUCACAUCUCUCUAUACCCCACUGGCCCAACAGCUUCCCAGGGAGCCAAUGGAAUGGAGGAGGACUUAUGGCCGUGCACCAAAAAUGAUUCACCUUGAAGCUAAUUUUGUCCAGUUUAAAGAGGAACUCCUCCCUAAAGAGGGAAACAAAGCUCUCCUCACCUUUCCUUUCCUCCACAUCUACUGGACCGACUGCUGUGACACAGAGGCAUACAAGGGCUCGGUGAAGGAGGACAUGAUGCGCUGGCAGAACAGCCUUCGGGCCCAUGGCUCAGCAGACUGGGUCAUCGUUGUUGUGGAGACCAAUGACGCCAAGAAGAAGAACAAGACCAACAUUCUGCCGCGUUCCUCCAUCGUGGACAAGAUUCGCAACGACUUCUGCAACAAGCAGAAUGACAGGUGUGUGGUGUUGUCGGAUCCUCUGAAGGAUUCUUCUAGGUCCCAGGAGUCAUGGAGUUCCUUUCUGCUCAAGCUGCGAACGCUUCUCCUCAUGUCUUUCACCAAGAAUUUGGGCCGCUUCGAGGAUGACAUGCGCACGCUUCGAGAGAAACGCACCCAGCCUGGCUGGAGCUUCUGUGAAUACUUCAUGGUUCAGGAGGAGCUGGCCUUUGUGUUUGAGAUGCUACAGCAGUUUGAGGAUGCCUUAGUCCAAUAUGACGAACUGGAUGCUCUCUUUACUCAGUACGUCCUCAACUUUGGAGCUGGAGAUGGAGCAAACUGGCUGGGCUCAUUCUGCGCCCCGGUCCGCAGCUGGAGUGGCUUGCUGCUUCGACGGCCCAUUGACAUGGAGAAGAGGGAUGGGAUCCAGCACGGAGAGGCCAGCCUAUUGGACCUGAGGAGUUAUCUGUUCUCCCGCCAGUGUACCCUGCUCAUCUUCCUCCAGAGGCCCUGGGAAGUCACUCAGAGAGCCCUGGAGCUGCUCCACAACUGUGUCCAGGAGCUGCAUCUGCUAGAGGUGUCAGUCCUGGAGGGGGCGCUGGAUUGCUGGGUAUUCCUCAGCUGCUUGGAGGUUCUACAUAGGAUUGAGGGAUGCUGUGACCAGGCCCAGCUAGCGGCUAACUGCUCUCAUACAGUUGGCCUGUGGGCUUAUGCUACUGACAAGCUGAAGUCCCUGGGGGAGCUGUGUGGUCUGGUGUCAGACAAGGGGCCAACCUCUGAGGACCUGAACCGGACUGUGGAUCUGCUGGCUGGCCUGGGCGAUGAGAGGCCUGAGACUGCUAACAGUUUACAGAGCCCGUACAAAAAGCUGAAAGAAGCCUUAUCAUCUGUGGAGGCCUUUGAGAGGCACUAUCUUGAGCUGUCUCAUGCUGCUAUGGAAAUGUACAGGGCCAUCGGCAGGCUGAGGUCGGCCAGACUGGUGGGGAAAAGCCUGGCUGAGUUCUACAUGAGGAAAGGAGACCCUGAGCGGGCAGAGGCAUUUUUGCAAGAAGCUCUGAAGUCAUAUGUGUCAGAGGGGUGGAGCCUGCCUGUUACUCACACCAGGAAGCAGAUUGCUGAGUGUCAGAAACUACUGGGGCGAACAGAGGACUACCUGCAGACCAGUGCCUUGUUGGCGGGUGAUGUGAAUCUGAGCAGUGAGGAGAGGAAGCACUUUUGUCAGGAAAUCCUGACCUUUGCCAGCAAAUCAACAGACAAAUCCCAGAAGGUGAUUCUCAGCAUGGGUGCAUUUGCCCAACUGACACGGCUGCAGUUUCAUCCAGCAACCGCCUCUGUGCACUCUGGCGCUGAUCUACAAGUUGAGCUAAGUCUGCAGAGCCUGAUGCCUGUGUCAGUGUGCGUACAGCAGCUGGCCGCUAGCAUUCACUUUAGCCUGGAGCAUGGAGGGACUCAUGGAAGGUCUAAAGGAACUCAGAAACAGACCAACAUAGGGACAGUAGACUUCAGCCAGGGCAACUUGUCAGCGUGCCCCCUGUCCUCUUCUGCUGCUGGCCCUUCUUUAGAACUGGACGAGAUUCAGGAUAGAAGUCCCUCAGACAAUUCCCUCAACUCUACAGGCAUGGUGUGUAAAAACACACACCUGGUCAUGCGUCGUCAUGACAGCAGCUCGUCCCCAGACACGCCCAACUGUGUCAGCCCUCCCACUGUUGCCUUGGACGACGGAGCACACAUGUUGAAAGUGCAGGAUAUAACGUUGGAGCCUGGGAGUAACAGCGUUGUAUUCACCGCCCCAAGUGGAGAUCCAGGUACAUAUACGUUGCGUCAGCUAUGUGCCACAGUGGGUCAGGUGCAGUUUGUGCUGCCGCACAUCUACCCAUUGGUCCAGUAUGAAGUCUAUUCUCAGGAGCCCCUGCUCACGGUGGAGCCUCUCUCAGAGCCACUGCUGGCCGGCCUGCCUCAGAUGGUGAAAUUCACACUUUUGACUGGCCACUAUACGGUGAAGAAGGGAGACGCCCUGCAGCUCAGCAACACUGAAACCAUGCCCAUCAUGCCUUCCACAAGCUGCACUGCCUCCAUCCGCAACACUGCUGCUGACUUGGUGGGGGAGAGCCUCCUGUCCAUUCAGUCAUCAGAGAAGGUAACCAGCAUAAGCCUUCCCCCCACCCCGCCCUACCACACAUUGGAGUUCCAGCUGGAGGUACUGUGCAUUAUCCCCUCUGGGUCUGACCGGCCGGCCAACGAGAGGCUGACCAAUGGAGAGGUCCGGCAUCGGCCACGCAGCUAUAGCCACCCUGACACACCCAUGACCGCCAUCGACCAGCGGAUGUCAAUAGACUGCCCCUGGUCUAUCUACUCCACCCUGCUAGCCCUCACUUUCUACAUCCCCUUCAAGACCAAACACUCACUGCUCUCUGCUGGCAACAGGAAGUACAUCCAGGUGUGUGUGCAGAAUGUGUCAGAUGUGAACUUCCAGCUGGUAGAUGUGAAGCUCACAGAGAAGCAGCACGCCUCACUGGAGCUGCACUCCCUCAACACUAAAGCACAACAGCUGGUGUGCAGUAAGCAGAGUGUGUUCUGCUUGUGGGAGGUGAGGUGGAAGGCUGACCUGCCCUCCUGUCUCCAGUGUGUAUUCUCUGCCAACUUCUCCCCACUCAACCAAGACAUCUCUGCCUUCAAACCCUUCCAUUACCACUUCCAGCUGGAGAGAGUCACUACCUUGUACAGUGUGCAAGCUGAGAUCCUGCCUGCUGCCGGGGAGCAGCAUUGUCGCUCUGGUGCCCUCUGUGGACUAGAGGUGUGUAUUACACGACUGACUGAGCCUGGAGAGAACGAGAUGGGAGAGGAGAGCAAGGCUGAUAGCGAUGGUCUCAAAACCACCAAGCUAAUGUAUGAAGUGGCUGACAGCAGCAGCAACUGGGCAGUGUGUGGGAAGAGUUCAGGAAUGGUGUCCAUGCCCAUGUUGGCCAACGCUACACACAAGGUGCAGAUUGAGGUGAUGCCCCUGUUUGCAGGACAUCUGCCCUUUCCCAAGAUUAAAGUGUUGAAGUACCUGCCUCAUACUGCAGCACCAGCUAUUCAACCAGACCCUGACAGCUGUGUGGAGAACGACAGCCUGUCCCUGCUAGACAAAACCCUGGAUGACCAGGGGGACACAGCCAGCAUCCGCAGCCGGGGCAGCGUUCACUCUGUGGGCAGCGGGGAGCAGCAGCAGAGGGGCCUGGCCAUGCCGCGCCUGGAGCCCUUCAGCCCCGGACAGGUCUUUAACCACAGCCACGCCCGGCAGGUGCUGGUGCUGCCUGCCACGGACGACCACAUCAUGGAGGUCAACGCUACGUGACCCUGGUGGGAAGACUGCCCGCCCCCCUGUACUGGCACCACUAGCACCACCGCCCUCUUAUAGGAUUCAGCCCAAAGCCCUGGAAGGACUCUGCUGGUCUUGAGCUCCGGGGCAGAUUGGGUCCUUGAAACUAGAUUACAACAGGCUCUCUGUCUUCUGGGCUCUGCUGCCCCUCUUCCUCCCUCCCCUAAGCAUGAAAUUUUCACACCACUGGAGACAUCCUGAACUAGACACAGUGAACAACCGGUGACACCUGCUGAUGAAUUUAAAUCAAGAUCUUUUUUCUGCUCAGUUCUAUUCGCCAUACUUUGUACAUAGCUCAUUGGAUGGAUCUACAGUUCUAUACAUCGACUUCUGGUUCUCCCACUACAUGGAACUCAGAAUAACACUCCUGAUGGUCCCAUGAUGCUUUGCCAAACCACGUCCAGUCAUCUGUGGCCAGACUCAGCGUCAGCCUCCCGACUGCAUUCAUUCAGACACACCAAAGCCCUAGAUGUGUGUAUGCUUAGAUCGACUACUGAAGCACUGUACUUCGUCCGGGUGUGUCCAGUGUGUAUCUGUAUUUGUAGAAGUUUGUGUGAGCGUACGCGUGUGAGUUUGUGUCAGUGUGUGUGACAGAUGACACUUUGAAAAAGGAUCAGUCAGUGCACAAUGUCUAUUUAUUGUCUUAUCUAUCAGUUGUUUGUUCAUGACCAGUGUGUAUAUCUAUCCUGUCUGUAUGUGAGGGGUGGGUGCGUCGCCAAAUCUGUGUCGAAGCUAUGCACACAUGCCAUACAUCUCGAAUCAAUGAAUGAAAUAAGUAACUGAGUUUAUUCAUUCAUUCAUUUGAAAGAACAGAUGUCCCCCCCGUCCACCCCAGCAUUGUAAUUAUACUUCUCCUCUUUGGCCACUGUACAUACUGCUCUGUAAAUAUAUGUGAUUUAAAUCAAAUCUUCUUUGAUUGCCAACUAUAUUAAAAAUUCAUUGGACCUGA